ACAAGUGGGUCUUAUUUCCCUGCAGGAAUUUGGAGAACAUCCGAAUAUCAUCAAGCUGCUUAAUGUCAUCCGAGCUCAGAAUGACAGGGAUAUUUACCUGGUUUUCGAAUCUAUGGAGACAGAUUUACAUGCUGUGAUCAAGAAAGGGAAUUUGCUGAAAGAUAUCCACAAGUGUUACAUCCUCUACCAACUUCUGAAGGCCACCAAAUUUAUCCACUCAGGGAAUGUCAUUCACCGGGACCAGAAGCCCUCAAAUAUCCUGCUGGAUGCAGACUGCUUUGUUAAGCUUUGCGAUUUUGGACUGGCUCGCUCCCUGUGUCAGAUCCAUGAGGACCAAGGCAGCCCUGCACUGACAGAGUAUGUGGCAACACGCUGGUACCGAGCCCCUGAGAUCCUGCUUUCCUCUCAUAG